AUGAAUGUAUGUGCCUAUAAAGAUGGAAAGGUUAUUAUUGAUACUGCUGCUGGAGUACUCGGUAGAUAUGAUCCUCGCCCUGUACAGCCUGAUAGCCUUUUCUCCGUAUUCUCUGUAACAAAGGGCAUCACAGCAGGAAUGUUACAUUGGCUUGUUGACAAUGGAAAACUCAACCUCGAUGAAAGUAUUGCUAAUAUUUGGCCAGAAUUUGGAACAAAUGGAAAGAAUCUCAUCAAGGUCCACCAUGUGCUUAAUCAUACAGCUGGAUUGCAAAACGCUUUGGACAACCUCAGAAAAGAAAAUCCUUUGCUACUGACUGACUGGGAUGAAUGUCUGAAACAGAUUGCAAUGUCAGCACCUGAGACAGAACCUGGCCAGGUGCAGUUGUAUCACUUUCUGUCUUUUGGCUGGCUUUGUGGUGGAAUAAUUGAGCAUGCUUCUGGGAAGAAAUUUCAGGAGAUCCUUGAAGAAGCACUUGUUCGGCCUCUCAACAUUGAAGGCGAGCUAUAUGUUGGAAUUCCACCAGGUGUGGAAUCUCGACUUGCAUCGCUGACAAUAGAUAAAGAUGAUUUUAGCAAGCUAUCAAAAAUUGGUAGUCUCUCUGCACUUCCCUCCACCUUCCAGCCAGAGAACAUUUCUCAACUAGUAACUACACUGCUUGCUUUGUCUAACAUGCUGAACAUUCGUCGCGCUAUUAUACCAGCCGCUAACGGACAUUGCUCAGCCCGUGCCCUUGCACGCUAUUAUGCAGCUCUUGUUGACAGAGGCCUGGUCCCACCACCUCAUUCCUCAUUGUCCACGCCACCCCUUGGUAGCCACCCCCACAUUCCGAAAUUUUCUUCAGAGAUUACCUCCAUAAUGCAGAAUGGUAAAAAGAGCAAGGCAGUGGGUUCUGCUUCAAAGAAAAAAGAAAAUGGUUAUGAGCAGAAGACGAAGCAAAGUAAAGACUCCAAGGACAAUGUUAGUGGUAGAGAAAGUAAUAGUGAUGGUUAUACCAGCACUAGUGGCAGCAGCAGCGCCAGCAAUACUAGUUCACCUGACAAUAGCUCUGCAUCCAGCAAUGAUUCUCGCAAAAAUAAUGUCAUCUGGAUCUUUAAUGACCCCAGAAUUCAUGACGAGUUCAUGGGUACGGGUGAAUACAGUGAUCUAGUCCUGCCAAAUAGGAAAUUUGGAUUAGGGUUUAAGAGAUUUAGUUCAAGUGAUGGAUCCUUCAGUGGAUUUGGGCACUCAGGUCUGGGUGGAUCCACAGGUUUUUGUGAUAUUGAAAACAGGUUUGCCAUUGCAGUUACCUUGAACAAAAUUUCAUUUGGGACUGCAACGAAAAAAAUCAUUCAGUUUGUUUGUUCAGAGCUAAAUGUUCCAUUGCCGGAUGAGUUCUCAAUUCUUAGUGGAACAGAAGCUGGUGAAGGGUUAAGUAUAUCAAGGGCUCUCUUUAACUGA